CUCGAGGUGGACUUGGGCAGGAGGAACCCCCAAGCCAACACGCUCAGCCCUUGUUUCCCCCCAGCAGGAUUUGUCCUUCCCAAAGUUUGGGCCGAUGGAGGAGGAGGCUACGAGGAAGAGGAAGAUGCUGCAGGUCCCCCAGGCAGGCCCCGAGCUGAGGACGGAGAGCACGGAGGACAAAUCCCCCUGGCAGAGCCUGGUGGGAGAGGCCGUUUUGAAGGGCUCCCCGGCGCAGGAAGGCAGCGGGGAGGAAAAGGCCCGGAGAUGCCCCCGGAGAAGGGGCUGCAAAGCCAGCCCAGGGAGCUGUGAGGAGGAAAGAGCCGUCCUGUGCCGGGAAGGCGGCCGAAGCUUGAGCCGGAGCUCCGAGCUGGUGGUCCCUGAGCAGCCUCCCAGCAGGGAGAAGCCCUUCAGGUGCUUGGAAUGUGGGAAGAGCUUCAGAAAGAGCACCAGCCUCCUCAGGCACCAGCAUACCCACACUGGGGAACGGCCCUACACGUGUGGGGAAUGUGGGAAGAGCUUCAAUAACAGCUCCAUCCUCCGCACCCACCAGCUCAUCCACACCAGGGAACGGCCCUACAAGUGCUUGCAAUGUGGGAAGGGGUUUCAGCGCAACUCACAUCUCCUCAGGCAUGAGCAGACACACACAGGGGAGAGGCCCUUCCACUGCACUGAGUGUGGGAAAGGCUUCAAACGCAACUCCCACCUCAUCAGGCACUGGCAAAUCCACACUGGGGAGAGACCCUACAAGUGUGGGGAGUGUGGGAAAAGCUUCAGGGACAGCUCCAGGCUCCUCACCCACCAGCGCCUCCACACUGGGGAACGACCCUACAAGUGUGGGGAGUGUGGGAAAAGCUUCAGGGACAGCUCCAGGCUCCUCACNNNNCAGCGCCUCCACACUGGGGAACGACCCUACAAGUGUGGGGAGUGUGGGAAAAGCUUCAGGGACAGCUCCAGGCUCCUCACCCACCAGCGCCUCCACACCAGGGAACGACUCUACUCGUGUAGGAAAUGUGGGAAGAGCUUCAGGCACAGCUCCAACCUCCGCACCCACCAGCUCAUCCACACCAGGGAAUGGCCCUACAAAUGCUUGCAAUGUGGAAAGAGGUUUCAGACCAAGUCCAAGCUCCUCAGGCAUGAGCAGACACACACAGGGGAGAGGCCCUUCCACUGCACCGAGUGUGGGAAGGGCUUCAAACGCAACUCCCACCUCAUCAGGCACUGGCGCAUCCACACUGGGGAGAGGCCCUACAAGUGUGGGGAGUGUGGGAAGAGCUUCACCCACAGCUCCCACUUGACCAGACACCAACGGACCCACCAGUAA